GCGAGCGAAGGAGCAGCUGGAGUCCCACACUUCGCCCUCUCUCUUCUCCUCGAAAAAGCGCACUAAAUGUAAUAACAACUCUCCAUGCGCUUCUCUGACGCUUAUGUUGUUUUUACGCACAUCUGUGGUCUGCUAUCAGCAGAUAUUAUCGGAAGGCUGAUGGUGUUAGUCGGGCGGUUUUUGCACACAGCAAACUGUGAGAAGGAGGAGAAAGAAGAGGAAAAAGUCUGGCAGCGACGCUUCGGAGUUGGAGUUGCAGCGUAAAGAAAAGUCCCAGGCAACUCCAAAGGCACAUCUGCAAGUUAGCGACAGAACAAGCCGAAGAAAGAAGACCAAUCAUUUUUUUCCUGUGAAGAUAAAAAAAGUCAAGAAUUACAAGGGGAAACCCCCCAAAAAUUAUCCCGUCUCCAUGAGGUGCUGAGGAAUGAGCAAUCGCCAUGGAAACCCAGUCCCAGGCCAGUUCAGCAGCUGAAAAGAAGAAGAGGGUGGAGACCAUUGUGGCGACCAAGGGCUCAUCAGCGCGCAAUGACAUCAGCGAGAAGGCGGUGGCCUCCAGCACCACCUCAAACGAGGACGAGCAUUCAGGCCCGCAUUACCACCGUGAGAGACGCAAUGCCAUCAGCUCCCACGCACCGAGAGGGGGGGGCCACGACAGGACCAUCAGCGAGGAGCCCUCCACCUCCACAGAAGAACGCCCCUCCCUGCUCAAGAAGGAGCUGCAUGGGUCCCUGCCCCACCUGACUGACCAUGGCCUUCCAUACCGAGGCACUCUGUUCACCAUGGACCCCCGCAACGGCUACCUAGACCCACACUAUCAUUCCCCGCAGUUCUUCCCUGCCUUCCAUCCUCCUGUGCCCAUCGAUGACAGACAUACGCAGGGACGUUACAUCUACGAGCCUUCCCCUGUGCCCCCUCUUCAUGUGCCUCCUGGGAUGGCGGGCAGUCCGGCUUUCUCUGACAUCUCCCUCAUCCGGAUCUCGCCCCAGCGGAACCCCUCCGUGGGGGCGGAGUCGCCCUUUCACCCUCCGCACCCCUACAUCAACCCAUACAUGGACUACAUCCGCUCGCUCCACAGCAGCCCUUCCAUCUCCGUCCUGUCAGCCACCCGGGGCCUCAGCCCUGCAGAUGCCCCUCACACAGGCAUGACCACAGCAGAGUACUACCACCAGAUGGCCCUGCUCGCCGGCCACCGCAGUCCUUACGCCACCGACCUGCUCCCCUCGGUGGCGUCCACAGCGGGCGUCACCAGCGCCAGCGCCCUGCACAUGGAGUACCUGCAGGCAGUGGAAAAUCUCCUCCUCUCUGCAGAUUCUCGAUUCCCGAGCCCGAGGCUGCCAACGCGGCCAAACAGGAAGCGCCCCCUGCCCAUCUCCCCCCUCUCUGAGCACAGCUUCGACCUGCAGACGAGGAUCCGCCACUCCCCCAACUCUCUCGUCACCAUGCUCAACAACUCCCGCUCCAGCUCUUCCACCAGCGGCUCCUACGGUCACCUCUCUGCGGGAGCCAUCAGCCCGGCAUUAAGCUUCGCCUACCCUCCAUCCCCGGUUGCGUUGCACGUGCACCAGCAGCUGAUGGGCCGUCAGCCAGGGCUCGUGGGCUCUGCUUUCGGCCACAGCCCGCCUCUUAUCCACCCGUCGCCGGCCUUCGCCACCCAGAGGCCCGUCCCCGGGAUCCCCCCCCCAGGUCUCAGCGCGAGCGAGCGCUCAGUCCUCUCCAACGACUCCUCACAGAUCAAACCAACAAGUGAAUCUGCAGUGAGCAGCACAGGGGACCCAAUGCACCACAAACGCUCCAAAAUGAAACCAGAGGAAGAGAUGCCGAGCCCAGGCGCACUGAGCGUACAGGACCAUCCGGAUGGGAUGACCCUGGUGAAAGAGGAAGGGGACAAGGAUGAAAGCAAACAGGAGCCAGAGCUGGUUUAUGAGACAAACUGCCACUGGGAGAACUGUUGCCGCGAGUUUGACACGCAGGAGCAGCUAGUACAACACAUCAACAAUGACCACAUCCAUGGGGAGAAGAAGGAGUUUGUGUGUCGGUGGGAGGAAUGUUCUCGAGAGCAGAAGCCCUUCAAGGCGCAGUACAUGCUGGUGGUCCACAUGCGCAGGCAUACUGGGGAAAAACCCCACAAGUGCACGUUUGAGGGCUGUGCCAAGGCCUACUCCCGUCUGGAAAACCUUAAAACUCACUUACGCUCGCACACCGGAGAGAAACCGUAUGUGUGUGAACACGAAGGCUGCAACAAGGCCUUUUCCAAUGCCUCAGACCGGGCGAAACACCAGAAUCGCACACACUCAAACGAGAAACCAUAUGUGUGCAAAAUCCCAGGCUGCACCAAACGCUACACGGAUCCUAGCUCCUUACGCAAGCACGUGAAGACGGUGCACGGACCGGAGGCGCACGUCACCAAGAAACAGCGUGGAGAUUAUCCACGUCCUCCACCACCUGGGGGCAACAGCCAGGGCCGGUCGCCAGGGCAAAUGGGUGGUUACACGGACCAAAGGGAGUACAACCAUGCUACCUCAAAACAGGAUGAAUGUCUGCAGGUCAAGUCUAUCAAGACAGAGAAGCCUAUGACGUCUCAGCCAAGCCCUGGCGGUCAGUCUACAUGCAGCAGUGACCAGUCCCCCGUCAGCACCUAUCCCAGCAGUGGAGUCCAGCUUGCUGUGAGCGCCGGACGCUCGUCAGGGGAGGGGCUAGAGGAGGAAGAGGGGAGAGAAGAACACGAAGAUGAUUUUGAGGAGGAGUGUGAGGGUGAGCCAAGCCCCAUCAUGGACUCCACAGUCUCCACGGCAACAGCGGCCAUGCUGACCCUGCAGGCAAGGCGCAGUGUGGGCCGCCCUGUGCGCUGGAUGGAGCACAUCAAGAUGGAGAGGCUGAAGCAGGUGAACGGAGUGCUGCCCAGGCUGGGGACCCUGUCCCCUACACCGCCCCCAAAAGGUUCCACACUACCCAACAUCCUGGGGAAGGAAUCCUGUCUGGGCAGGCAGUGGGGGGUGUCUGCUCCUCAGCCACCUGCUCAUGCUGAGCUGAGCAGCACAGAGCUAACAGUGCUCAAUUUGCUCCGAGACCGGCGUGACAGCAGUGGUAGCGCCACCAGUUCGGCCUACCUGAGCAGCAGUCGGCGCUCCUCAGGUAUCUCCCCCUGCUUCUCCAGUCGACGCUCCAGCCAGGCUUCCCAGAGUGAGGGUACGAUGGCUGCAGGCCACCACCGCCGCCUCCACAACCUCAGCUCCACCGACUCAUACGACCCCAUCUCCACUGAUGCCUCCCGCCGGUCAAGCGAGGCGAGCCACUAUGGAGGUGGGACAGGAGGAGGGGGUGGAGGGAUGCACCUAGGUGCGGGCUGUGGAAGUAUAGGAGGAGUAGGUAUGGGAGGAGUAGCGGGGUCAAGGGGUAUGCUCACUUUAACACCAGCACAGCACUACCACCUGAAAGCCAAGUAUGCAGCAGCCACUGGUGGCCCACCUCCCACGCCUCUUCCUAACAUGGAGCGCAUGAGCUUGAAGACGCGCAUGGCCAUGAUGGAUGAUGGUGGUAGCAACCAUCCUUUACCGCCACUAGUCAGGCCACAUUGCUGCGGUGAUGGCACCAACGGGUACACCAAUGGGUAUAUGGGACAUGCAGGUCAUAGGAGGAGAGUCCUCUAUCCUGGCGAGGGGCCACUGAAUGGGAACCGGAGGGCCAGCGACCCAGUGCGGACGCAGGCUCGCGACGUUUGCAAUCUGCCACCAGUGCAACGCUUCAACAGCCUCAACAAUCUCCACCCUCUUCCGCCCUUGUCCCAUCAUUCGACCCCUGAAACCCGCAGCUUUGGUCUACAGAACUACACGCGAUCAGAGGGCAACCUUCAGAGAGGCCUGCAGCACUCACCGUACACUCCUAGCAUCGCAGAACACGCAGCUUUAGAAGCACUGGCCAUGGAGGAUCAGGCUGGCAUGUUACUUGGGGAUGAGGAUAUGCUGCCAGAUGACCUGGUGCAGUAUCUUCACUCCCAGGCUCAGGUGGAUGGUGGCUCCUAUAUGCACAUUGAGGACCAAUUAGCUUCUGGCCAAAGGGACGUCUCCCAUCCAUCUAUGGAGGAGGUAGAACUGAUCCAGACAUCAGGGUUGAAUAUGGCCUUUCCUGGAUCCCAAAGUCUCCAGCAGAUAGCAGAGCGGACGAGCCCGAGUAAGCUUCCCAUCCAGUGGAAUGAAGUGAGCUCUGGCAGUGUUGACAGGUCUCCUCAGAGAGAACAAAACCACCAAACACAGUGUGGAAGGUGGUCUGGCACAGACCAUGGAACAAUAUCUGCGCCUUUUGGCAGGUUUGGAAACAUGGUGGUUCAGCAGCAAGCACCCCUUGAUUUCCCGAACAGUUGUGCCCAGGCUAAUCUGCCUCAAAAUGCUUGUUGUGUCAACCCUGGGGUUAAGCUUGAGACAUCACCUAACUCCUGCAUGCAGAUGAGAGGUACUAGUCACAACUCUACAAACACCUUUGGAAGGCCUAACUUCUCACAGAUCGUAGACGCGCCUCUUCCGCAGGCCUUCAAACAGCAGGCCUCCAAUGGACCUCAGAAGCAGAGCCACUUCCAACAGAACCACACCACCUCUUGCCAAAUUGGGAACAACCUUAUCCUUAGCAGGAUCUCUAUGGACAACAUCCCCAGCCUCUCCCAGGGAACUGCUGUUCAUCACAAUCGACAGGUCCAUGUCCCUCGCCCACUGAUCGGUUACAGGAAUUCAGUUCGGACCCAGCAGUACCUCAACCCAGAGAACUGUGGUGAACAGCAACAAUUGCAGAAAAGUGGGGACCACUGUUCCCUUGCACAUCAGGUAUCUGGGCUGAAACUAGAGGGCCCAGACCAUGGAUACUUAGAGCAUGGCUUUGAUGAAUGCCUCUCUUACGAACCACCAGAUGUUAAGGCGUUCCCUAUCCUGGAGGAGCAGUGCUUGCUAGACUCCAUAGCUGAGUCUGUGGGACAAGGUGCUGGCAACGAGAACACGGCAAGCCUGCUCUCCCCUGGUGCAGACCAGGUGACCAGCACAGUGGAUGGCAAUGUGCCCAGUUUAUUAGAUGAGGGCGUAAGUCUAGACUUUGGUGCCAUGCUGGAGGAUGGCUAUGACCAGGGUAGCCUGGUCUCAGGGGUGUUGAGUCCCUCCAUCUUCCAGGGUCUGUCCAGGACCUCAUCACGCCUGACCACGCCUCGAGCAUCUGCGACCUUCCACAGUGUGGCCCCCGGCCUGAACAACAUGGCGAUCGGAGACAUGAGCUCUCUGCUCACCACACUGGCUGAGGAGAGCAAGUUCCUGGCUAUCAUGCGGUAGCUGCUUUCUCCCUCUUUGCUAUCUCCUCCCUUAAGAAAAAUGUAAAAAAAGGAAGAGAAAAACUCUGGUGUAUGUGAAGAUUUAGACCAAAGUGACAAUUACGAGAACUUUAAUAUGUACUUAAAGUGUUCUGGGAAAGGCAAUUGCCAAACCCAUUUAUUUUGUAAAAAGGUCAUCCCACACAGAAACGGGAUGUGUCAAAAUUAUGUAUAGAUAAAUAGUUAUAUUCCUUUUCUGGAAUGUAGGCUAUUUUUGGAAGCUCUUCUCUUUGUAUUUCCAUGUGAUGGUGAGAAAAAGUUCAGUCCUUUAAACAGUAUUUGGUUUAUUGUCACUGGUUUUGCUGUAUACACUAUCAGUAAAGAUGCAUGUAUUCAAGGUAAAACAUGAACACUGUCUAUAUAAGUUUAUAGACUAGCCCAUGUGCCAAGUAUCUGCAGUUCUGAUCCCAGAGGAACAAAGCCGCUCAAUCCAUUCUGGUUACAGCAGGUCAGAAAUGGGUCAUUAUUUAGCAGGCCCUGGUGAUAACUUUGUAUCAUAUAUCAUAGGUUUUUAAUAAGUGGUGUAUUUACAUUUGUUGUUAUUUUGUUUGUUACUUUUGUGAAUCUGUAAAUGUUUCAGUGCUUCUACCAAGUUUUACCAAGUGGUGUUUUUGUGGAGAGUAACUGCAGUAUGGUAACGAACACAUUCAAGUCUUCAAGGUACUGUAGAUAGUCGUCCCCUUGAUAUCUACAUGGCUUGGUUUAGUUAGUCUGGUAAGGUACUCACAAGUGUAUAUAACAGUGUUUUUAUAUUCUGUUUGUGAAAAUCAAAUGUUGACGUUGGAUUGCACGGUUGUUUGGAGCUGAUAUGAAAACUGACAUUUUCUCCUUUAUGAUCAAAGGUCCCCGUUGGUGCGUUAUGUAUGCUUACAUAAAUAGAUAUGAUUAUUUCAUGUUUUUAAUCUGUCUUCAUGACCAACAGUGGUCCAAAGCACAUGAAUUUCCCUCUCGUAAAGAUACAGUAAAUGCUGUUAAGUGACAUGUUCUGUUUGAUAGGAAAUCCUCUGUAUUGUUUUCUCCAAAGCUCUUAAAUUCAGAAUGUGUACUGCCAUCAAGUAUUGCAGUGAAUUUGUCAACAGUGUUAGUGUUGCCUUGCCCCUAUGUGACUGGACACAGAAUAUGGAGUAGUUUACCUUUUAUUCAACGUCAAAGCAAUGAGGUACAAAUUGUUUUGUUGUUCUUUUAUCAUUUUGUAGCUGUGCAUUAGUGGUUUUUUCUUCUUCAAAGAAGUAGAAAUUAUUUUCUUUGAGGGAAGGAAAUUACAUUGAGAUAUGUGCCUUAUACGUACAGUAUCUGCCUGUCGAUCAAGAGAAAGAUCACUGCCAAUCUUCCAUUGUGAAAAAUAAAAAAAUAUUAAACAUGUAAAGUGUCUUGUGAGACCUGAACAAAUAUAAAAUGACAGAACAGUUAUAUAUGAAAAGUCAGACUAUCAGAAAAGUUCAGAUUUGCAAAAUGCAUUCUACUUUUCUUUGAUUUUGUUUUUUAAGUUUUCACAUUUUGUUGUGCUCUUUUAUAUAUAAUGUGUAAAUACAAUACUCUUUCUGUAGGUUUAGCAGAGGAAAUGGGAAAUAUCCUGGGGCCAAUAAAGAAUUGACUUUGAAAGCAGGGAUUCCCAGGCCCUGGGUAGAGGCCAGACAGAUCUGGCUCCACCAAAAGAGCCACUUUGCUCUUUUAUAACUGACUACAAAUGUUUGUAUGGUUUUAAUAAAAAUGAGAAAAGAAAUUAAAAAUAA